AUGAUGAAGUCUAGCAUCACAACACUUGUUUUAUUCAUAUUACUGGCUACAUCUAGUGGUAUUGUUCAAUCUGCUGAUAUUCCUAUUUCAAAAUUUGGUGGGGUGCCUAAUUCAGAUAUAACUCAGGCUCUUGCAAAUGCUUGGAAUGAAGCAUGUCAAUCAGCAACAGCAAGCAAGAUUACGAUUCCAUCAGGGCAAUACAGAAUGAAAGCAGUGGCAGUGAAAGGGCCUUGUAAGGCACCAAUUGAGUUGUAUGUUGAUGGCACAAUUAUAGCUCCACCAAACCCCAAAGACCUUAACAAUGAAUGGCAAUGGGUUAAGUUUGAAUAUGUUGACUUCCUCACAAUAUCUGGCUCCGGUGUUUUUGAUGGUCAAGGUGCAACAGCUUGGAAACUAAAUGAUUGUGGAAAGAACCCUAAUUGCGCUAGGCUUUCAAUGAAUUUCGGUUUCAAUUUCGUGAAGCAUUCAGUUGUAGGAUCAAUAACUUCAAAAGACAGCAAAAACUUCAACGUAAACGUUUUGGGGUGCCAGAACUUCACAUUUGAUGGCUUCAAGAUCAGCAACCCUGGAAACAGCAUCAACACCGACGGAAUCCACAUGGGAAGAUCAACCGACGUCAAGAUCCUCAACACUAACAUCGCCACCGGCGACGACUGCAUCUCGAUCGGCGACGGAAGUGUCCAGACCACCAUCUCCAAUGUGAAAUGUGGACCCGGCCAUGGCAUCAGCGUUGGAAGCCUUGGCAAGUUCACCACUGAGCUUCCCGUGCAAGAUCUUAUGGUGAAGCAGGUCACUUUCACAAACACUGAUAAUGGCCUCAGGAUCAAGACUUGGCCUAGUGCCCCUGGCACUUCUCCUAUUACUGGUCUUACUUAUCAAGAUAUUACCAUGAUUAAUGUCAAGAAUCCUAUUAUCAUCGAUCAGGAGUAUUGUCCUUGGAACCAGUGCUCUAAACAGAGUCCAUCGAAAAUAAAGAUAAGCAAUGUUACCUUCAAGAACAUUAGGGGAACUUCAGGAACACAGGAAGGAGUGAGUCUCAUAUGCAGCAGUGGUGUACCUUGCGAGGGAGUGGUGCUAAGUGAUGUCGACCUCACUUUCAACGGUUCUCCGGCGACUGCCGUGUGCCGUAACGCCAAGCCGAUGAUUCAGGGAAAAUCUCCUCAAUGCACUGCUCCAAAAGCUUAA